CUCCAGUAUCAAGUCAGACGUGGUCAUGGAUAGAGUACAAUUUUCAGUUAACGGUGUUAAACAUUCAGUUGGCUGUGAAGUGAGCUCCGACACCACUCUUCUUGACUACCUACGUCGUCACCUUGAGCUCCGAGGAACCAAGUACAAUUGUCUGGAGGCAGGAUGCGGUGCCUGCAUCGUGAGCGCUGUCAAGUGCCACGGAGAAGCACCUCAGGGGGUCAAUUCUUGCAUGGUCAUGAUAACGUCAUGUCGGGACUGGGACAUCACGACAAUAGAGAAGGUGGGGAACCGCUUGGACGGCUACCAUCCGCUGCAGAGCACGCUGGCGGAGAGAGGCGGCUCCCAGUGCGGGUACUGCUCGCCGGGGAUGAUCAUGAAUAUGUACAGCUAUUUAAAUGAAAAACCACGCACAAUGCGAGAAAUAGAGAAAGCGAUAGGGAGCAAUCUGUGCAGAUGCACAGGAUAUAGACCAAUAUUGGAGGCAUUCAAGACAUUCGCCUCCGAUGCUCCGAAACCCACCGACAUAUUGGACAUUGAAGAUUUGAAAAUAUGUAAGAAAUCCGGAGACCUGUGUACGGGGUCCAAAUGUGGGCAUGCCGACUGGUGCAUCGUUCCCAAACAAAAUCAAGUGCUACAUAUAAAACUCAGUGAUGAUAGAGACUGGUACAGAGUGGGGAGUUUAAAUGAAGUGUUUUAUUUAUGGCAGGAAAAAGGGACGGAAUCUUAUAUGUUGGUUAAUGGAAACACGGGGAAAGGAGUUUAUCCAAUACUAGAGUAUCCCAGACUAAUCAUCGACAUCAGUGGUGUAUUAGAACUUAAAGGUUAUUAUAUGGACCAGAACCUGGUGCUUGGAGGUGGAACAUUGCUGGUUGAGGUUCUAGAAAUAUUUAAAGCUUUAGCUGGUUACGAGGGUUUCAGUUAUUUCAACGUAUUGAGUGAUCAUCUGGAGAAGGUUGCCCAUGUCGCUGUGAGAAACUUAGCUACUGUAGCUGGAAAUUUGAUUUUAAAGAAUCAACAUUCCGACUUUAAAUCCGACAUAUUUCUUCUUUUCGAAACCGUUGGUGCGGAGGUUACUAUAAUGACCGGUCCUGAGCAAAAGAAAAUUUUAACAAUGCAAGAAUUCCUUGUUGAAAAUAUGGCUGGAAAAAUUAUUUUGAGCGUCCUUUUGCCACCGCUGAGCUCUCAAAAUAAAAUAGCUACAUUUAAGAUAAUGCCACGUUUUCAAAACGCCCACGCUCUCGUCCACGCUGGUUUCCUCUACAAAAUUGACGAAACGUCCACAGUUAUAGAUAGCAGGAUUGUAUACAGUGGUCUCUCUGACACCAUCACUCGUGCGUACCAAACUGAACAGUAUCUGCAGGGCAGAGAGCUGUUCACUAAUGAAACUCUGCAAGGUGCUCUGUAUAUACUGAAGAAGGAGCUUGUGUUCGUGAAUAAUUUGCUUGAUCCGCCCAUUGCGUACAAGCAACAAGUAUCUUUGGGGUUGUUUUAUAAGGGUCUUUUGGAGAUUUGUCCGCCUCAUAUUGUGAAUCCAGUUUAUUGGUCUGGAGCUAUCAAGCUAAGAGAUACAAGACCAGUGUCUAAAAGCCUCCAGUCGUUUGAAACGAAUCCGACCCUCUGGCCAGUCAAUGAACCUAUACCAAAAAUUGAUGGCUUGAUACAAUGCGCGGGGGAAGCGAAAUAUACCGACGAUGUUCCAUCUCUCCCGGGGGAAGUGUUCCUGGAGUUUGUUCUGGCUAAAGUCCCACUUGGUACUAUAACGAAAAUUGAUCCUUCAAUUGCAUUGAGUGAGCCUGGUGUUGUAGCAUUCUACUCAGCAGCAGAUAUACCAGGUGUAAAUAGCUUCAUACCAGCCCCUAACUUAUACAACACACAAAACGAAGAAUUAUUCUGUGAUGGUACAGUGAAAUACUAUGAUCAACCUAUUGGUGUUAUCGUUGCUGAAUGUGAAAGUAUCGCUAAAAAAGCAGCAGAAUUAGUGUAUGUUGAAUACGCUAACGUAAAAAAGCCGGUAAUUGAUAUAAAAAUAAGUAAAAAUGACCCUGCUAAAUAUUCUGAGUAUUUGAGAUAUCAAGCAACGGACAUAGGGACUGAUACUACGAAAGUAAUUAUAGCGGAUGACACAAUUUAUUCACAAUACCCUUUCACUAUGGAGACUCUGUCAUGUGUAGCUUAUCCUACUGAAGAAGGGAUGAAAUUGAUAGCAGCAACACAGUGGAUGGACUUGGUGCAGCAAGCAAUUUCCAGGGCUCUUAACAUAGAUGAGAACAGAAUUGAUGUUUACGUCCGACGACUGGGCGGUGGUUAUGGUUACAAGAUUACCAGAUCUGCGCAAAUGAUUGUAGCUUCUGCUCUGGUAGUUCACAAGCUCAACCGACCCUGCAGAUUUAAUUCACCCCUUGACGUCAAUAUGAGAUCAACAGGAAAACGAUUGCCCUGUUCAAGAAACUAUGAAGUGCACGUAAAUUCAAGGGGAGAAAUUCAAUACGUAAAAAAUGACCAGUUUAGUGACAAUGGGUACAUAUUCAAUGAACCUCUACUUUUGGGUUCAAUGGAUUGCUACUACAAUUGCUACAGAAAGGAGCGAUGGGAUUAUACAGGUUAUAAUGCGUUUACAGAUACUGCGUCUAAUACCUGGGUCCGAUCUCCUGGUACAUUAGAAGCAAUAGCAAUGGCCGAGUUAAUGAUUGAACGUAUAUCAUAUGAGCUUAACUUAAACGCGCUUCAGGUUCGAUUAGAAAACUUGGAUAAAGAAAGAUAUAGCGAUUUAAUAGAAUUGGUGGAAACACUGAAAAGCCGGUCACAAUAUGAAGAGAGGAAAGCUGUAGCCGAUGAAUUUAACAGAAACAACAGAUGGAAAAAACGCGGUUUAAGAUUUAGUUGGAUGAGAUGGCCUACAAACGGUUAUAUAAACUUAGAAAUAAACAUGUCAGUUUACGUCGAUGACGGUACUGUGUCCAUAACGCAUGGUGGCAUCGAAAUGGGUCAAGGAAUAAACACUGUGGCAAUACAAAUUGCUGCUUACUUCCUCAAAUUACCCGUAGACAAGAUUCAGGUAAAACCUAAUGAUACCGUGAUAGCUCCCAAUUGUAUUUGCUCUGGAGCAAGUGUAACGACUCAGAAUGUGGGAAUAGGUGUACGUAGAUGUUGUGAAGAACUUCUAGCAAGACUUGAGCCUAUACGAAAGCAAAUGAACAAUCCCUCUUGGAAAGACUUAAUAAAGGAAGCAUAUAAGCAGCAGAUUGACUUGCAAGUCCAUAACUAUACCACCCAGAAUGACACCCAGAAAUACAAUGUUUAUGGAGUAACAUUGGCUGAAGUUGAGAUUGAUGUUUUGACAGGAGAACAUUCGAUUCUACGGGUUGAUUUAAUUGAAGACGCCGGCCGUAGUGUCAAUCCUGAAAUAGAUCUAGGCCAAAUUGAAGGAGCUUUUAUUUUCGGCCUUGGCUACUGGACAUGUGAAAACUUGAAAUACCAUCCUGACACUGGAGAGCUGCUCACUAAUCGCACUUGGGAAUACUGGAUCCCUCAAGCCCUGGACAUUCCGGAGGACUUCAGGGUGUACUUCAGACGGCGGUCCUUUAGUGAUAAAACCAUUCUUGGAGCCAAAGCAACGGGAGAGCCUGCUACUUGUAUGAGCAUCGCGAUCGCCUUCGCUCUGAGGGAAGCAAUAUCGUUGGCGAGGCUUGAAUCAGGCAUACCCACUACCCAGUGGUUCCAGAUAGAUGGACCAUUUACUGUGGAUAAAAUUUGUGUGGCUUGCGAAACGGAUUCAAUGGACUUCAAAUUUUAUUAG